AUGUUUUCUUUCUUCCACUCUUUUUCUUUCUUUCUUUCUUUCUUUCUUUCUUUCUUUCUUUCUUUCUUUCUUUCUUUCUUUCUUCCGAAAGUUAAUAUUCUUUUUUCUUUCAUUCUUUCUUUUUUUUCUUUCAUUUUGUUAAUUUUUGCUUGCAUUUUCCCUUCUUUUUCUUUCCUACUCUCUUUCUCUUUGUUCUUCUACCUUUCUUGCAAUGCUCCUUCUUUCCUUGUUUCUUUUUUCUGUCUUUCUCUCUCUCACUCUCUCACACACACACAAAGACUCUCAGUCACUCUCUCUUUAGUUUUCUCCGGUUCUUUUCAUAAGUGUCUCUCCCCUUCACACUCCCUUCUUUUCUCCUUCCCGUUUCUUUUUCUCCUCUUCGUGAAUUCUCCUCUCGACCUCUUCAACACAUCAAUGCCGCACAACAUUUGCGUUCCACAUCGCUUCCCUCAACGCCCAACAACAGACCAUCUUCGCAGAGGCUGGAAGAGCGGACCUGACGGCCAACUCACUCUUAACUCCAUCCCGUCUUCUAACGGGCUACUUUUAUUUUUUAUUUCUUCCGGUCUCUCUUUCUUUUUUCUUCCCUUUUUCCUGUAUUCUUCUUCUAUUCCUAUUUUCUUUCUUUCUUUCUUUCUUUCUUUCUUUCUUUCUUUCUUUCUACUCCAAUUUUCUUUCUUUUUUCUUUACUCCUACUCCAAUUUUCUUUCUUUUUUCUUUACUUCUCCCCCCUCCCUAAUUGAUUUCUUUCUUUCUUUCUUUCUUUCUUUCUUUCUUUUUUCUUUCUUUCUUUCUUUCUUUCUUUACUCCUACUCCAAUUUUCUUUCUUUUUUCUUUACUUCUCCUCUCUCCCUAUUUGAUUUCUUUCUUUCUUUCUUUCUUUCUUUCUUUCUUUCUUUCUUUCUUUCUUUCUUUCUUUUCAAAGACUUUUAUUUCUUCCGGUCUCUCUUUCUUUUUUCUUCCUCUCUUUCAAAUUGUCUUUUUUAUUCUUUUUUUCUUUCUUUCUUUCUUUCUUUCUUUCUUUCUUUCUUUCUUUCUUUCUGUUCCUCUUCGUAUUUUCAUGAUGUCGGUGUAGGCUCUGCUGAUGACAUAGUCUUUCUUCUUUUCCUUCUUUCUUUCCUACUUUCUCCUCAUCUACGUUCUUUCUUUAUUCUUUAUUUAUUUAUUUCCAUUCAUCUUCAUUUCUUUCUUUCUUUCUUUCUUUCUUUCUUUCUUUUUCUUCUCUGUUCCUAUUCUUUCUUUCAUUUCUUUCUUUCUUUCUUUCUUCUCUUUUCCUAUUUUCUUUCUUUCUUUCUUUCUUUCUUUCUUUUUCUUCUCUGUUCCUAUUCUUUCUUUCAUUUCUUUCUUUCUUUCUUUCUUUCUUUCUUUCUUUCUUUCUUUCUUUCUUUCUUCUCUUUUCCUAUUUUCUUUCUUUCUUUCUUUCUUUCUUUCUUUUUCUUCUCUGUUCCUAUUCUUUCUUUCAUUUCUUUCUUUCUUUCUUUCUUUCUUUCUUUCUUUCUUCUCUUUUCCUAUUUUCUUUCUUUCUUUCUUUCUUUCUUUUUCUUCUCUGUUCCUAUUCUUUCUUUCAUUUCUUUCUUUCAUUUCUUUCUUUCUUUCUUUCUUUCUUUCUUCUCUUUUCCUAUUUUCUUUCUUUCUUUCUUUCUUUCUUUCUUCUUUCUUUCUUCUCAUCUAAAGUCUUUCUUCUUUUCCUUCUUUCUUUCCUACUUUCUCCUCAUCUACGUUCUUUCUUUAUUCUUUCUUUAUUUAUUUCCAUUAUUCUUUCUUUCUUUCUUUCUUUCUUUCUUUCUUUCUUUCUUUCUUUCUCUUCUCUGUUCCUAUUCUUUCUUUCAUUUCUAUCAUUUCUUUCUUUCUUUCUUUCUUUCUUUCUUUCUUUCUUUCUUUCUUUCUUUCUUUCUCCUCUAUCUGUUUAAUUGUUUUUCCUUUUCCUAUUUUGUCGGAUUCCUAUUCACACUCGAUCUCUAUCUAUCUAUCUAUCUAUCUAUCUAUCUAUCUAUCUAUCUAUCUAUCUAUUAUUACUAUUAUUAUUAUUGUUAUUGUCGCUGCUGUUGUUCGCAUUAUUACUAG